UUGUCAACCAGCAUCGCACCACACUAGAAGAAGAAGAAGAAGGAGCGUCGUUUGAUUGGUCCUUUCUGUUUGUAGAUGAGUUCUCUUUAACUAACCGCACGUGAAAGCUCUUUUCCUAGUUUGACAUUUAUAUACUACCAAACGGCACAGAUCUAGGUCUACUCAGAUGUUAACAUGGUUUAAUCAAUAGUCAAAUGCUUUUUUGGUGUCAAACAGUGGUUUGUCAAAGACGUUAUCUAACUAUUCAGGUGCUAGCUAAAUUUUAAGUCAUGCUGUCAAGUAUUCUUCAAGGAACAGAGGCUGGGGGCUUCAUAGUCAUUCAAGAUACUGUAAAAUACUCCGGCCGGGGCAUCCUGAAGUGUUUCAUUAAUGCGGCCUUAAAGAGGGGCGAGAACGUGCAUGUGGUGGGAUUCGAGACCUGUGAGACAGAAGUGCGUGCUGGCUUGGACAGUAGCUGUGUGGAAAAGUUUCAUUUUCAUGAGGGGCAUCCUGAUCCCCUUGGCUGGUCCUGCAGAUCCUCAUUCACCGUUGAGCAGUUCACUACUGAAGAUAUAACUCUGCUUGUCCAAAAAGCACAGCAUGCUAAAGCGUCUGUACUUGUUGUUGACUCUCUUUCAUUCGUUUUAAGGCAUCAUCAACCUGUUGUUGUCUGUCAAAGACUUCAAGAGCUUAGGAAAGGGGGAGUUAUAAAAACUAUUAUUGGUCUCCUGCAUUCAGACCUGCAUCAGCAGGGUGUUGUAGGCAGCGUGUGCCACUUAGCCAGUGCUGUUAUCUCUGUGGCACCUGCAUGCAAUGAAAACUGUGGUGUGGCUAAGACCACACGACGCACAAAGUCAGGCAAAGUCAUGCAAGAGGAAGAGUAUUUUAAUGUGUUAGAGGAUGCAACCCUCUCUGUACAGACACGGCCCCAUCAACCUGGGCAUGUACAGACAGAGCAAUAUGUAGCUGAGCCUGAUCCAGCAUCAAACUUGACCUUUAAUCUUCGUCUGUCAAAUGAAGAAAAGAAAGCCAGAGAGAAAGUGGCACUUCCGUUUGUGUUUAGCCAAGAAAAAAAGUCAGCUCUCCUGAAGCCGAGCCCCGGCUCUGGAAGGAUCAUGUAUGAGCCUGAUGCUAAUGAUGACUUUGAUGAAGAGGAUCCAGAUGAUGAUCUUGAUGUGUAAAUAAGGACAGCUCAGAUCUUCAUGUGUCAGAGCCAUAUACCUGCUCAAUUUCACGACUUUUCUAUAAAUCAAUGUUGUUUAUUAUUACUUAUCUGAUUAUGACUUGUCUGGUCUGGUGGGCCAAUGCCAGAAAAUGAGACAUUUGUGAUGAUGGGUAUGAAAUGAUGAAUUCAUGUUUGAAACGAUGAAUUAUUGUUCUUAAUGAUGCAAUGAAAAUAAGUUUUAACUUAAGGGUCAUCUUUUACACUCAAUACUUUUUUUGUUAAUUAUGAAUUUUCACAUAGUUUUCAAAAACAUUAACACCAUAAAAGUGUUUUAUUUGUUAGUUUAUGUUUGACUCAACUAAAAUACUUUGAAUGUGCCUUAUUUAUAAUUGUAAUAGUGGGCACCCUUGUCAUAAAACUUUUAUUUUCAUUAUUACGUAUGCGUAAUAAAAUAAUAAGAACAUGA